ACCAGUAUGAGUCCAGUAAUUUUUGUGGUUGUAGUAGUUCUAGCUGUUAUCUUCUUCAUUGGUGGUCUUGUUCAUUUGGUUUUGAGAUUGUUCAUUAUGAGCUCAUCUUCACCAAUAUUUCAAUCCAUUAGUAGACACCCUGCAGAAAGCUCUAGCUCUAGAAAUCUUCGAAGACAGCUUCAACACCUCUUCCGCUUACACGAUUCAGGCCUAGACCAAGCUGUCAUAGACUCUUUGCCUGUGUUCUGCUGCAAAGACAUUGUUGGUUCAGAUGAGCAAUUUGAUUGUGCUAUCUGUCUUUGUGAGUUUUCUGAGCCUGACAAGUUGAGGUUGCUUCCUCAUUGUGGUCAUGCAUUUCAUAUGGAUUGUAUUGACACUUGGCUUCUCUCAAAUUCAACAUGUCCUCUUUGUAGAGGCCCCCUUUUGGGCUCAGGUCUGGUAUUGGAAAACCCGGUGUUGAAUUUUGAUGACUGUGGAGCAAUGUCAACUAGGUUCAGUGGUGAUGGAGACAAUGGGGGUUUAAGUGGUCGGAGAUGUUCAGCUUCGGAGGAAGCUGGUGGCGAAAAGAGGGUGUUUUCAGUGAGACUUGGCAAGUUCAGGAGCUCAACAAAUGAAGGAAUGGAAGAAACAAGCAUUGAUACAAAGCUACACAUUGAUGACAAACACCUUAAAGUUAGUGGGAAUUUAGAGGGGAAGAAAAUCAGUGGGUGCCGGAAAGGUGAGAGCUUCUCUGUGUCCAAGAUCUGGCUUUGGUCUAAGGAGAACAAAUUCCCAGACUCUUUGACUACUCAUACUGGUAUGCCUUCUUUUAUUGUAACUUCUCCAGUCAAUGGUAGAACAUAAUUACAUGAACUGUCACUGAGCUUAAAUUUUGUUCUGAUGCUUA